AUGUGCGAGGCACAUUACGUGAGGAAUACAACUCGUGACGCGAACGGGCGUUAUAUCGUGAGAUUGCCUUUCCGAACGAACAACACGGAUCUCGGAUACUCGCGCUCGCAAGUCUUUCGGCGUUUCUAUUUACUUCAGAAGCGGCUCAGGGCAGAUCCUUGCGUCAACGCGGAAUACAGUAGAGUCAUGAACAAAUAUAUAACGCUCGGUCACAUGCCAUUAGUCGAGGGUGAACCGGAGGACGGAUACUUCCUACCGCAUCACGCGGUUAUUAAAGCAUCAAGCAACACCACAAAGAUUCGCACCGUAUUCGACGCCUCCGCGAAAACCAACCGCGGCAUUUCACUCAACGACAUGUUAUUAGUCGGGCCAACAAUACAAGAUAAACUUCUCGAUCAUUUAUUGCGAUUUCGCGUGCAUAAGUACGUCGUGACGGCCGACAUCGAGAAAAUGUAUCGUCAAAUACUCAUACAUCCGGACGAUCGAAAGUUUCAGAGAAUCUUCUGGGAAACGGAAAGCGGUAUUCGAACAUACGAACUCAAUACGGUAACGUUCGGCGUUGCGUCCGCGCCGUUCCUCGCGAUACGAACGAUCCAACAGCUUGCCGACGACGAAGGAUUGAAAUUCACUCGCGCACGCGACGUUUUGAAACGCGAUUUAUACGUAGAUGACUUGUUAACUGGCGCGGAUUCUCUAGACGAGGUUCUCAAAAUUCGCGACGAAAUUAUCGAGCUUUUACAACGGGGCGGGUUUAACAUCCGACAAUGGGCUUCCAAUCACAAACACGCACUCGACAAUAUAAGCGAAAAGAUCUUGAACUUAGAUUGCGCGAUCGAACAGAACGCUGUAUUGAAAACGUUAGGAGUCGUGUGA